CGCCGCUCAGAGCCGGGCGGGAGGCGCAGGAAGGCGGAUGGCGCUGUUUGAAGUCUGCGGGGCCCCCCGGGGGGGCUGGGACUGGCCCCCCCCCGGAGCCGCCGCUGCGCCCCGGGGACCCGACCACUACAGCUUCGGCCUGCGGGCGCCCGAGCUGGCCCUGCCCAGGGGGGAGCAGCCGGCCCAGUUCCUGCAGACGUACUCGGAGGAGGGCCGGGACCGGGUGCGGAUCCAGCUGGCCCACGGCACCACCACCCUGGCCUUCAAAUUCCAGCACGGGGUCGUCGUGGCUGUUGACUCCCGGGCAUCGGCCGGCAGCUACAUCGCCUCCCUGGAGGCCAACAAGGUGAUCGAGAUCAACCCCUACCUGCUGGGCACCAUGUCGGGCAGCGCCGCCGACUGCCAGUACUGGGAGCGGCUCCUCGCCAAGCACUGCAGGCUGUACCAGCUGCGGAACAAGGAGCGGAUCAGCGUCUCGGCCGCCUCCAAGCUGCUGUCGAACAUGAUGUGCGAGUACCGGGGCAUGGGGCUGUCCAUGGGCAGCAUGAUCUGCGGCUGGGACAAGAAGGGCCCCGGCCUGUACUACGUGGACCAUAAUGGCACCCGUCUCUCCGGCUCCAUGUUCUCCACGGGCUGCGGGAACAGCUACGCCUACGGGGUGAUGGACAGCGGGUACCGGCCCGACCUGAGCGUGGAGGAGGCCUACGACCUGGGGCGCCGCGCCAUCGCCCAGGCCACCCACCGCGACGCCUACUCCGGGGGCGUCGUCAACAUGUAUCACAUGAAGGAGGCCGGCUGGAUCAAGGUGGAAAAGACCGACGUCAGCCAAUUGAUCCACGAGUACCUGGCGGCCAGGAAGUGAGACGGGCCAGCGACCGGGGGCUCCGGAUUCAGGGAUGCAGGAGACUCAGGGCCAGAGCGAUGGAGGGAGCAGGGGAUGCGGUUAACGGGUUUCUGUGUGUGAUGCAAUAAAGAGAAACAGUGAA